CAGAGCAACCUCCGACGUUACAGCCGCCUUUCUUCUCCGCCUCCGGCCGUCAGUCUCCGAGCGCCUCCAGUCGGCGUAAGAAAUAAUGAUGUUGGUAGUUGGUUGUCUUCGCCAUGGGUUUUCGAAUUCUGUCUUUCAGUUUGAAAUCCGAUUCAAGAAAUCAGGGAGAAGAGAGGAGUUGGAGAAGUGUUUUGGAUAAAGUUCACUUAAUUGUGAUUUUCUCCUACUCAGUUUAGCUUUCUUCAUCAGAGCCAACAGGUACUUUCUACUCUCACUGCAUUCACAUGACAGAAGCUUUGGAUUUUACAUGAUUUCAAUUUCUGCUGUUUCUCUAGUUGGCUAAUAGUUAAAAAUAUUACAGGAUUCGACUUUGUUGGUCAUGAUUAUGACCCAUAUAAUCAUAAUGCUUAAGAAAAAAUGAGAAAUGAAAAUGACAUCUGUUUAAGCACAUGUAUGACAACCGUGAAAAACCAGGUUGGUAAACAAAUGUUGUUGAUUGCCUAUGGUAUGGUUGAUUUACUUUGUUGUUUCAUGAUUUCAUACCCUGCAAGCAAAAUAGAAUAAUUGAAGUUUCAGAUUACAUUUAUGAAUUUGGGAUCUUUAAAGAUUUUCUUUGGCCAACACAAGUUAUACUUGUAUUGGAAAUUAUCACAAGACUAGGUGGUAACUUUGCAAGAGUUUGAGCAUAUUUAGAUGGUAAUUGGAUCAUGUUUGUACCGAAGGUUGUGGGCCUCAUUAUUUGAACAUCUUAAAUCAUUGGAAUAUUCUCAUGUGAUUUUAAAGGGUGGGGUUACGACCGCGUCAGGCCACUCUUGUGGGUGGGGAUUACUACAGUUGAAUGUAGCUCAGGCUAAUUUGUGACCAUAUGAAGAGCUUAAAAAUGAAACUCUUCAUAUAUAAAGACUCUAAAUGGGACUUAGGUGAUUGGUAAUUUACUUUUGAUGAGUUAAGUUGUUCCUUUAGUUCUUGAUGAUUACAUCUCAUUUUUCUUCUUUUUUGGGGGCCAAGAAUCAAAUGCUGGACCUAUUAAGUCUUAACAAUUCUUUAUGGAAUAUUUCAUGUCUAAUUACAUAGCUAUCUCUUGUAUUCAUUUUGAAUCUGAUUUAAUUACUUACUAAUAAAUUUCACCUUUCUUUUUUUUUUGGGUUACUUGCGCAAUUCACCUUGCUUUUGGAGAGAGGAAUUAUGGAGCCUAGUGGAUCUUAAUACUCAAGAUCUGUUUCUUCUUUUUUUGGGUUUUUGGUUUCACUGUUUUUGUAUUCAUUAUUGUAUAGACUUGAAGUGGAUUGGAUUUUCUUUUGUAAUUAAUUUUAUACUAAAUCAUCCCUUCACCACACACAGACACACACAAGACAUUGUUAGGAUACAUAGUUGCUUAGGCCUCAACAUGGGUUGAAAGUGAUGUCAGGUUUAAUUGAGAAUUUAACAAUCUGACAUACAGAGGUGAUAUAACCACUCAAGGGAUCAUAACUCUUUAAAGAAACCUACUGGUAUCUACAAUGUGGAUUGAAAACUUCAUAGCUAGAAGGAUGUUUAUGGUUAGUGGAACGUUUUUUUCUUUAGUAUCGUAUAUGGGAAGUUAGACUUUAUGAAAUUCAGUUGUAGAGAUGCGAUGUGCCAAUCUGUGGGUCUAGUGACAUGUUAGUCUUGGUUGAAGGAGUCAUUUCCUUACUAAUGAUCUCAAGACAUGCUGCUCGUUAUAUUGCCACAAUUGUGAGCUUGGUUGUCGAGAGAAGCAGGGAUUGCAGUAUUUUCUUUUGCAGACCCUUCAACUCCAUGGUGCGUAGAUGCUUUGAAUCUCAUUUGAAACUUGAGAUCUAUCUGGUAUCACUUUGGUUUUUGGAUUUUUAGUUUUUA